UUGGCUCAGACUCUCAGCACGCUUUUGUGCAAAGGCUUCUGCCACGGUUCUUCUCACCCUUUCCCAUUGCCGCCAUGUCCGUCCUUUGCCAAGGUCAAUCUUUGAGCACCGCCGUCUUGCGACUUCAGUCGACACACUGCAAGGCUCGCGAGGCAGUUGAGGAAGAAGAAUGGGAAGAACAUGAAGAAGAAGAAGAAGAAGAAGAAGAAGAGGAAGAGUGAAGGCUAGAUGCCCACCGAUUUCAGCAUGGAGAACAUGCCCCACACAAGUCCCCAUAGGAAACCCGUACGCUCUCGCAGCAUCAGCAGCUGGGUGCGAUGUCGAGAUGAGCUUCUUAGCGGCAUCUUCCGGGAGCUCUGCGAGCUGGGCCCCGCGUGCCGUCGACAGGUGCUGCAGCAGCACUUCUCCCAGGGCCAGCGGGCCGCGCUGGAGCAGUGGAUGCUGCGCCGGCGCUCGACGCCGAAGCCGCGUGGACGCAAGCGGAAGCCCAAGGGGUGUCAAGUCUCGAAAUGGAAGUCUUGCCGGCCGGCCAGGAAGCAGGAUCCGCGAGGAGCGCUGCAGCUGAAGGGGGUGGUGUGCACAACCAAUCCGACUUCUGGAAAGCAAUCCUUCUACGCUGUUGCAUACCUGGGCAUUCUGCGCUUCACUUCGCGCAAGACCCAGGACCUCUGGGAGGUGACGUGGUACCGCGAGGCGCUCCUGUGCCUGGUGCACCGGGUUCGGGACCUGCACGGUGCCAUGGAGGAGCGGCUACUGUGCGCAGUGACGGAGGCGCUGCCCUCCGUCCGGGCCCUGGGCUUGCGCCUGGCGGUGAGGCUUCGGCCCUGCCGUUGGGUGGCGCAGCCGCUGAGCACACCGACCUUUGUAGCCACCAACCAGGCCGGCCUACAGCAGGCUCUGCAUGCCUGGAGGCGCCUCCACACGGCGCUAGAGGACCUGCGCGCCACAGAAAGCGCGGGCCCUCCGUCCUCGGAGGAGGAGAGGUCCUGGAUGGCGCUGCGGGGCGCGCUUCUGGACGUGGAGGCGGAGAAGGGCCUGCCGCGGCAGCUGCGGGAGCGGCGCCUGGCGCAGGCUCAACACAGCCGCGCAGCGCACCGGCAGCGGCUCUUGGAGAGGUGGAAUCGCCAGCGCAUGGCAGGUGAAGACCGUUUGGCCCAGGCUGGAAGAAAGCGUGACAGGGGCUUCCAGCAACGUGGGCUCCGGCUGUUGGAGCGGCUGGCGCGAGCGGAGCAAGGCCUGAGGCAGGCGAAGGGGCUGCGGGGUACCACUGCAUCCUCAAGCUCCACCUUUGGCCCAUGAGAGUGGCCCCGGCGAGCCAAGUGCCACAGCCAAGCAUUGGAAAGGGGCCAAGUGAUGUUUGCACCUUUGCCAGGGGUGCGCGUUGCA